UUAAGUGGCGACACAAAAGUGUGUCGUGAAGAAAAUGAAGUGAACCGGUCAGAAAAAUAAAGACUGGCGGAGUUUGAAAUGGGGAAAAAUGACGUUUGAGGUGAAUUGAAAAAUAAGCGAAAGAAUUGAGCAAUUAGUCGGCAUGUGAGACCAGUUAUUAACAGGUUGUUGUGCAUCACGAAAGAAAGAAGUGCGUCCUGUUUGUAUGACUAUAUACAUUCUACAAAUAGUGACGGUAAAAAAAGGCUAAGAAACGAGGUCGGGCGUUCUCGGUGACGUACUUGAGACGAUAUUUUUUUCUCAGUUUAAUUCCAGUCGAACGAGCUAGAGACAACGCUCAAAAUAAUCCAUUUCGUUUAGUCGGUUGUUUACGUUGACGACGAAAUUCGGGAGUUCAUCGGUUACUGUGCGAAUUUGUAUGUUUUUCACGCCUCAACUUUGUAUCGAUAAGUGUAAUUGCUUAUCUGGGACAGAAAUGAGAGUCACUGGCCUUCGAAUCGACAUUGACCCGUUUCCAUUUUAAAAUUGGCCUCCGGGCGGCUCUAACUGGAUCUAAACAAUGUUUUCACUCGAUCGCGAUCCGAUUCUUCACUUCGAAUUUUGACAUCCCAUUUAUUUAUCGCUGCAAGCUGUAGUGUUUAUGUGCGACGAAUAUUAUUUUCCCCACUUCAGAACUCAUCGAUAGAGGGAAGCAUGGGAAAAAGGGCGGGAGGUUCGGACUCUCGUGACCGUAGCGCCACCACCUGGUGGUGAGAAAAAACACGGUGAAAUCCAACUCGCUCCAGCGGCUGUCACGGGAAGCUCUCUAUUUAUUUGGAUAACAGCAAUCAAAUGUUUUUAUCGAAGGUCACAAAUACAACCGAGGAAAAUUUUAAAUGGCGGGAACGUUUGAAAUUUUCAAGUGAAAUGAAGUGUAAAAGUGCUCUAAAACUGCGAAUAGAAAAAGGCGAGAUCAACGAGGUUGAUGUUAUCGAGAAUAUCGAGGAACACGACGAGUUUAAUGCCACUAGCAUGAUGCCGGUGGCCACUAGAAAACUUAGCAAAAGUCCACAGAGCGACGAGGGCAUUGAACCCGACUCUGAGAAAAGCAAACUCACGGUUAGUCGCUCUUGGAGCCUAGAUUCCAAUAAUCAUUGCGAAGAAGACUCUCCAAGAGCAGAAAAAUUGUGGGCGAGAAGAAGAAGCAAACAAAAAGUUACAAGAUGCUGCAGCUCCGACAGUGCUGUUCUCAGUGACGAAGAACAGGUCAAAGGCUGGGAAAAUAUGAUAAUCUGCGAUCGAGCAGAGUAUGACGAACCAUCCGAGGGUAAACCACGGUAUUGGCGAACUCCAAGCGUCGUCGUAAGCGACUAUUCAGAUUACUCGUAUUUGGAAGAAAAAUACGAGAGGAGCGAUCUCGAGCUCGAGAAAUACGAGGGUGUCGUUAGCGAAACUACCAGCAGAGCGAGCAGUUGUUCUUGCCUCGAUUGUGACGAAAUCGGGGAAUUCGAGGAUCUCACCAGCCCCUUGGACAAUCAUUUACUUCAGGUUUGCGGAAGAAGAAGACAUUCGGAUUCUUGUUGCGCGUGCCUCGCUUCUAACACUUCGAUCACACAUAGCCAAAUAAACGAGCCAGCAAGCCGACGAAAUUCUUGUCUAGCAUCACCGAAUCCGUAUCGGUACAAGAAUGACAAUUCAACGGAGUACAGAAAUCCUGAGCAACGGAGCAGCAGCGCGACGAGAACAGAGAGCGGGAACAACGCUGAAGAUACGAAAAGAAGUAUUGAACUGUUGGACAUCCCACCGUUUCGAAAGAUUUCCGAUUGUUCGACAAAUUCGAGUUUGAGCGGCGAUGAUUUUGAAGUCACCGAGCUCCAACCGCUCAAGAGGCCGCAGAGUUCAGGAUGGCGAAAACUCAGGAACAUUGUUCAAUGGACCCCGUUUUUCCAGACGUACAAAAAACAGCGAUAUCCAUGGGUUCAGUUGGCGGGCCACCAGGGAAAUUUCCGUGCCGGACCGACGCCAGGCACGAUAUUAAAAAAAUUGUGUCCACAAGAAGAGGCUUGUUUCAAAUUAUUGAUGCGCGACGUUCUCAGACCUUACGUGCCCGAAUUCAAAGGCGUUCUCGACGUCCGAGAGCUCGAGGACGAGCGACACAAUCAUCGGAACACUGAAAACACGGAGAUCAAAGAGGUCGGGGACGAUGGAAACAAGGGCGUGAUCGUCGCUUCGUAUCUUCAACUUCAGGAUCUUCUUGGGGAUUUUGAACAACCUUGUGUCAUGGACUGCAAAGUCGGUGUACGAACUUACCUCGAAUCUGAACUCGCCAAAGCCAAAGAACGACCUAAAUUGCGGAAGGACAUGUACGAAAAAAUGAUUCAAGUCGACCCUGCGGCGCCGAACGCAGAAGAACGCAGAGUUCAAGGGGUCACGAAACCUCGGUACAUGGUAUGGCGUGAGACGAUAUCGAGCACGGCCACGCUCGGAUUUCGGGUCGAAGGUAUCAAGCUUGGCCACGGCGGAUCGUCCAAAGACUUCAAAACUACGAGGACGCGAGAGCAGGUCACGGAAGCCCUGAAGCGUUUCGUCGAGAAUUACUCACACGCGGUACCAAAGUAUCUUCAGCGUUUGAAGGCGAUACGCGCGACCCUCAAGGCCUCGCCGUUUUUCGCUUCCCACGAGGUCGUCGGCUCGAGUCUUUUAUUCGUUCACGACACGAAAAACGCGGGUGUGUGGAUGAUCGAUUUCGCGAAAACACUUCCCUUACCAUCGCACUUGCCGAGUAUACAGCACGACGCCGAAUGGCAAGUUGGUAACCACGAAGAUGGAUAUCUCAUUGGCGUUAAUAAUUUAAUCGACAUAUUUCAAGACAUCAGAAAUUCUGAGACGUAAUUUUUUUCGACUGCGCGCUUCUGCGCCUCUGCGUGUAUGCGUGUUUGUAAAUACGUGUGUCUGGCUGUGUGUGUGUGGAUCUGUGUACAUGCGUUAGUAUAAAAUUGCCUGGGUGAAGAAAGAAAAACGAAAUCGUCGAGACGCGUUGUUUCGCUCGACGAGUCAAUGAGACUACGUAAACUCGUUAGUUCGAUAAAUCCGUUAACCUUGCGUGUUUUAACGCCUUGUUUACCUGAGGCACGAAAAACUUCGAAGGCGCGCGCGAGAAGAACGCCAGAAAGAAAAAAAAACAGCAAAAAAACGAGCCUCGCCUGCAGGCUCUUGUAAUGUAAUUUCCUGUUGUUAUUCCACUCUUCGCGUGGAAAUUGAAGCUACACGAUUCGCCGCACACAAGGCAAAGCGUUCGUAAAAUCAUUAGUUCGAUAAAUUUUCGGUUCCAUUAAAAAUCAGUGCCGCAACGCCAUAAUUUUGAUACUACCGAUGACAUUUGUUAGAUUUAUCGAAAAUAUCCCAUUCAAUCACUUGCGUUCAGUGGUUUCAACCACUUUACGAUUGAAAUCAAUUGAAAAAAUUCUAUAUCGAUAGAGAAAAGUUCUACAUUUUUGAUAAAAGAACAUUUUUAAGGCAAUCCGCCGAUGAGUCUAGCGACGAAAUUACUGUCGAACAUAAUAAUCCGUAUAUGCAGACAUAAUUCAAUUUGAGAAAAAAGAUAAUCCAGAGGGGCAAAGACCGCUUUAAAUUUUUUACUGAAAAAAUAUAUUUCGAAAAUUGAGGUAUUGUCGAUUUUGGAAGACCAUUGGAUGUCGAGAAAUAUUUAUAUGUGUAAAUAUAAAUAUCAGACAUUCAAUAUGUACUCGAUGGCGAUCUUGAGGAAGUUCCUACAUCAAUAAGGAAAAUCGGACUUACAGUGAAAAGAAAAAAAUAAAUAUCACAGACCAAAGACGCGGCAGCGAACGAACUGCCUAGUAAGAAGAGAAUAUUAAAAAGACGUAACUUAUAGCCGCUUGGGAGAAUUCAAUCGAGCGCGAUUUAGACUUGAAACGUAGAGUUUUAGUACAACAAUUAAUUUAACAAAUUUUACCUAUAAGUAAGACUUUAUUUAUACCGUUGAAAGUAACAUAGCGGUUUCGUCGAUCUGAGUGUAUUUUUUGUGUGUGUGGUCAAGACGAAAUCGUAUUUUUGUAUUCAAAUCGUACCACGCGUUGUUUGUUUUUGUAAUUACUGUUUUUUUUUUUUUUUUUUUUUUUUUUUAUUAUUCAAUGAAUAAGUCGCAAUUCAUCGCAAUCGUCGUUUGUGUUAUUACGUUCCUGGCAGCACAACAGCCUCACUCCAAAUUCCUGCGACGUAUUCACGUAUUAAAUAUUCUUUUAUUCUUUAAAAGCCUAUAAACGUCGUUAUUUGGCUGUACACUCGCGGUCUCGCAUUCGCACUCGCGAACGAAAAUUAAUCUCACGUAACGUGAAUUAACAUUGCGGAAUAAAAUAAAAACAAUUGUCCUAGUUUUUA